AUGUACCAUAUUAGUGCAACCACCGCCCUUCCCAACACGGCCAACCACCUCCAAAAAUUCAAUCCCGCCUCUCUCUCGCGUCUCAAGACAGUUGACACCCUCGCGUCCGAAAUCCAAGGAACAUACAGCUGCAACUGGGCUGGUGAAAUUCUCGAGAAUCCGCCCCCAGACACAACCCACAGCUACGUCUCAGCGACCAUCACAGUCCCAACCCCAACACUGACCGACGCAACCACAUACCAAGCAGCAUCGGCAUGGGUCGGCAUUGAUGUGAGCACGUACUCAGCUGCUAUAUUGCAACUGGGGUUGAUUUUAUAUGGUUGA